AGGAAGUGAGCUUCUCACCUUGUGUGUGUGUCACGUGACACGUAGCAUAGUAACCGAUAAGCUUCCGGUGACACGGCGGCGUUAUUCUCGUCCUGCGGCGUUAAUAGUCAGUAAUACGGAUAGCAGUCAUAGUUGCCGUAUUGACGCAGCAAGAUGCCGGGCAAGCAGGGUCAGCAGUUCAAAGCAGGGGACCUUGUGUUCGCCAAAAUGAAGGGCUUCCCUUACUGGCCGGCCAGGAUCUCUAAAUCGGAUGAGGCACAAAAGAAGCGAGUUGCCGUCUUCUUUUUCGGGACCCAUCAGAUAGGUCACCUCACACCGAAACACAUCGUCCCGUUCGCUGGCAACAAGAUGAGGUACGGCAGUGGCGUACGCUUCAAAGGCUUCACCGAAGGCAUGUGGGAGAUCCAGAACACGCCUGGAGUCGGGAAGAAAUCUCAAUGUGCAGCCAAAAGUACACUCGUGAAAUCAACCGACGCUUCUAAAACAACCGCCGCAGCCAAAAGCACACCCGCAAAGCCAUCGUUGCCUGCAAACUCAAGAGGCAAAUGCGCAGACACAAACGCCACGCCUCUCAAAGCAUCUUCAGAGGCUAAAGGUCCGUCUAUGGCAGCUAGGUGCGCUGGCAGCACGCUGCGCCUGAAGCAGUGUGUGGUCAAAUGCGUCCCAGCUCAGACCCCGCACGGUUCGCUUAGUGUUGCAAACGAGUUGCCGAACGCCAGCCAGGCAACAAGCGGAUUUGACAGUCAGGCCAAAAGUGUGCAGGCGACAAAAACUCUGAGAAGAUCUUCAUCCAGGUCAUCUGCUCAAAUACAAACGGAGGACAAUGCGAUAAAAAUGCAGACCCCGCAGGAAGCCUCCACGCCCGAAGGUGGCGGCGCGUCACAGACGUCAAGUUCAGCGCCUUUGGUGAAGCGGAGACGAGGGCGGCCGAGUAAAGCCUCGACAGAAAUGAAGAGCGACAUAGCACAGGCUGAAGACUGCCAGACGGUAACCAGCAGCGCAUAUAUGACGGCAAGCACGCUGCGGCUGAAGCCCUGCGUGGUCAAAUGCGUCCCCGCGAAGACCCCCGGCAGUCCCACUCGCGACGCAAAGUCCGACAAGUUGGCGACCGCGAGCGAGCCAGCGAGCGAGCCGGACGUUCUGUCCGUGCCGUCUGUGCCAACGCCAACAGUUGACCUCCGAACUCCACAGGAAGCUUCCACGCCAGAAGAUGGCGUCUCUGCACACACACACACGUCGAUGCCUGUGAUGGCGAAGAGACGACGAGGGCGGCCAAGGAAAGACUGCAGAGAGAAGAGCGAGAUCACAGUUGGAAUGCUAAAGAAGACGGACGACGUCCCAGCUCCCGCUGCCACAAACACAUCGCCCGAAUCCCACAGUGCACCCGGUGCUCCCAAAAGAGCUGAUCAGAAGGCCCGACCUUCUCCUGCACAAAGGCCCAGAAGACACGUGGAGCAGCGUGCAGCGGCCAUGGCGGAGGAGUCAACAGCUAGCAGAAGAGGGAAAAGAAAGGAAGGAGAAACGGAGGAGACCGAGCAGAAGGGAGGUGAAGAAGGAAAGGUAGAGGUGCUGACUGAGUCGACACCUAGCCGAGCAGGGAAGAGGAAGAAAAAGGAAGGGGAAAAGGAGAAGACUAAGCAGGAAGGAGGUGCGGAAGGAAAGAUGGAAAUGACGACAGAAGAGUCAACACCGAGUCGAGGAGGGGAGACAAAGACAAAAGGAGAAAAGGAGGAGACCAAGCUGGAAGGAAGUGAGGAAGGAAAGAGUAAGGUAACGACGGAUUCAACACCUAGCAAAGGCAAGACAAAGAGAAAAGAAGGCGAAAAGGAAGAGACCAAGCAGGAAGGAGGUGAGGAAGGAAAGAUGGAGGAGUCGAUACCAAGCCGAGGAGGGAAAAUGAAGAGAAAAGAAGUGGAAAAGGAGGAGAUCAAGCUGAAAGGAAGUGAGGAAGGAAAGAUGGAUGUGCCUAGCCGAGGAGGGAAGAGGAAGCGAAAGGAAUGGGAAACGGAAGAGACUAAGCGGGAAGGAAAGAUGGAGUCAAUACUUACCAGAGGAGAGAAGACCAAGCAGGCAGGAGGCGAGGACGAAAAGACUGAGGUGACGACGCAGGAGUCAACUCCUAUCCAAGGGAGGAAGAGCAAGAGAAGGGAAGGAGAAAAAGAGAAGACCAAGCAAAGGGGAGAUGAGGAAGGAAAGACAGAGGUGAUGACGGAGGAGUCGACACCUAGCCGAGGAGAGAAGAUGAAGACAAAAGAAGGGGGAAAGCAGGAGACUAAGCUGGAAGAAUGUGAGGAAGGAAAGACGGAGGUAACAACCGAGUCAACAUCUCGCGGAGGAGGCAAGACAAAGGGAAAAGAAAGCGAAAAGGAAGAGACCGAGCAGGCGGGAGGCAAGGAAGGAAAGACUGAGGUGACGACGCAAGAGUCAACUUCUAUCCAAGCACGGAAGAGCAAGCGAAAGGAAGGGGAAAAAGAGAAGACCAAGCAGAAGGGAGAAGAGAAAGGAAAGACAGAGGUGAUGACAGAGGAGUCGACACCUAGCCGAGGAGAAAUGAAGACAAAAGAAGGGGAAAAGGAGGAGACGAAGCUGGGAGAAUGUGAGGAAGGAAAGACUGAGGUAACGACGAAGGAGUCGACAUCUAGCGGAGGAGGCAAGACAAAGGGAAAAGAAAGCGAAAAGGAAGAGACCGCGCAGGCAGGGGGCGAGGAAGGAAAGAUGGAGGAGUUACCACUUAGCCGAGGAGAGAAAAUGAAGAGAAAAGAAGUGGAAAUGGAGGAGACCAAGCUGGAAGGAAUUGAAGAAGCAAAGACUGAGGUAACGACGAAGGAACCAACACCAAGCAGAGGAGGGAAGAGAAGGAGAAAAGAAGGGGAAAAGGAAGAGAUCAAGCAGGAAGGAGAUGAGGAAGGAAAGAUGGAGUCAACACCGAGCCAAGGAGAGAAAAUGAAGACAAAAGAAAGGGGGGAGACCAAGCAGGAGGUAAGGAAGGAAGGAAUGAUGGAGAUGACGGCGGAGGAGUCAAUUCCUAGCCGAGGAGGGAAGAGGAAGCGUAAGGAAGGGGGAAAGGAGGAGACCAAGCGGGUCGGAGGCAAGGAAGGAAAGACGGAGGUACUGAAACCAGCAGGCAAAAGGUGGACGGCCAAGGAGGAAAGAAUGAAGGCGACGAGAGCGGACGCUCAACGAGAUGGCGACAGCAGCAAGAAGAGGGGGAGGAUGGAGAGCCCAAAAAAUGAGACGAUGAAAAGGAAGAAGGAGGGCGAAAAGGGAAAAGAGGCGACAGUGGAGAGAAGAGAGAAAAAGAGGGCAAGGAAAGAGAAGGGCACAAGGGAGGGAGGGAGGACGGCCAAGGAGACGAAAGAUGGCGUCCGAACCAAGGAAGUGAGUGAUGUGGAAGAGGAGCGGCGGCGCCGGCUGGCGGCCAAGAAGGAGAGCGUCCUGAAAUCGCUGAGAGGUCUGCUGAAGGCCACGAGGGGCGGCAAGCGGAGGGAAACGGCGACCAAGAGCAUCAUGAAGUCGGCCGCCAGGGCCAAGACGAAGAGGACCAGGGCCCACAAGAUGCUCAAAGAAUCCAACAUUGCAAAGAAAAAUAUGCACGUGACGGACAUGAAAGACAGGGAAGAAAAUCUGUCAACUGCCACGACAGUCAACCAAAGUGGCGGCAAAGUCAAAGAGAGGCUGGAGGAGCUUCAGAAGAAAGACUCGAGGAAGUUGAUCGGCAAAAUCGUGAAAGCAACCACCAAGGUUCAGGUGAAGACCAUGAUGGGCGGAGCCACGCUUCCGCCGACACUGCCGCCGCCGCAGGACGAGGAGGAGGAGGAGGAGAAGAAGAGGGCGACUACAACGACGAGCAUCGAGAGGACGGUGGACAGAGGCUCCGAGGAGGAGAGGAAGCCCGAAAGAGUGUUGACGGACGACGAGAAAGCCGCAACGAAGCGCCGCAACGAAACGCGGAAGGAGAAGGACGCCGCAAAGGCAGGCAAGACUGCGACCGGCGAGAAGAGGGACAAAAACGAACCGCAGAAGGAGAGCGGCGCGCCGGCGAAGCAGCAAAGCGGCGGGAGGAGUCGUAAAGCGACCGCGCCCGCUGCGGAAGACGAGCAAGGUUGCGUCUGGAGAGCAGCGGGCGAGGAGAACAACCAGCAGCAGCACAAGAAUAAUUUGAACCUGACGCUGACCGAUUCAACCCUGCACAGAAUCCACGGAGACAUCCGCAUCUCGCUCAAGAGCGACAACCCGGACGUUGCCAAGUGCCUGGCGGCGUUGGAUCAGCUCAGCGGCAUCUACGUGACGUUGCAGCACGUCCAAAGGCACAGCGAGCUCAUCUCCACUCUGAGGAAGAUGCGCUUCUACCGCGGCAACCAGGACAUCAUGGACAAGGCGGCCAUGCUGUACAACCGCUUCAAGAACGCCUUCCUCCUCGGCGAGGGCGAAGAGGUGGUGAGCGCCGCCUUCCUGCGCUCUCUGCUUGAAGAAAAGGAGCGUGAGGAGGCGGAGCGCUGCAAGAAGGCCGAGAAGGCGGCGGGAGGCGAGGAGGACGAGGUCGGCAGACGGGACACGCCUUCAGUGGACUAGCUGCCAACAUGGAGGAAGUCAAGUGUGCAAGUUGGAUGUGACUGAUCCACGUCCACACAAUUCCCAUGGAAACUUGAACUGCAACAAGAUUUUAGUCUUGAUCGGACAUUUGUAUAUAUUCACGUUGACACGCCCCCCACUCUGUCUCCGUUCUACACAAUCUUGUUCAGGAAGGUCCUGAAAAGAAGUGAUGCCAGUCAGGCUUUCCGGAUGGGAAUUUGUUUGUUUGUUUGUUUGUUUUAAAUGGGAACCUGCAAUGAAUGUGGUCUCAUGCAACAUGCCGUCAAUCAAUAAAUGCUCUCAUGCUCUC